AUGGCGGAACCGUCACUCUCAAACCUCGAGUCCAGUAGCGACCUCCCAGCCAAUAAUACCGAGAAACGUGACCACCCCACGAAAUGGCAUCGAUCUACCUUCUACAACAUAACCAUUCUAGGUCUAUGCAACUUCUCAGCGCCCGGAAUCUGGGGCGCGAUGAACUCGCUCGGAGCAGGAGGUCAAGCAUCUCCAGGGCUCGUCAAUGCCGCAAACGCACUUACGUUCUGCUUGAUGGUGGUGAGCUGUUACUUCUCGAGCGUGCUGGUGAAGUAUGUGGGGAUUAAGGGGGCGUUGGUGUUUGGGACCAUCGGCUACGCCCCCUUCGCAGCAGGCCUGUACACCAACAAUCGCUUCGGCACCACCUGGCUCACCCUCUUCGGCGCCGCCCUCUGCGGCAUCUCCGCAGGCGUCUUCUGGAUGGCCGAAGCCGCAAUCGCAAUCGCCUACCCCGAACCCUGGAACAAAGGGAAAGCGCUGGGUUACUGGCUCACGUACCGUCUCGCGGGGCAAAUCCUCGGCGGUGCCAUCAACUUAGGACUGAACGCGGACCGCAACCAAGCCGGAAAAGUGUCGUACACGGUUUAUCUGGUUUUCAUUGCGCUUCAGGCCGCGGGACCAGCAGUGGCCUUGCUGUUAAACAAGCCGAGCAAGGUGCAAAGGAAAGAUGGAAAGAAGGUGGAAUUGAAGAUUCUGCAAGAUCCGUGGUUUGAAAUCAAGGAGACGACGCGGCUAUUCUUCACCAAGCGCUUUCUCCUCACCGUGCUCUGGAUCGGCCAAGCCGUCUUCGCCGAAGCUGUAUUUUUCACUUAUCUGGCCUUGUGGUUCUCCGUCCGCGCCCGCGCACUCGGCUCCUUCGUCUCCGGCCUCGUCGCUGUAACCGGCGGCAACCUCCUCGGCUUCUACCUCGACACGCACCGCAUCUCCCUGCGCACCCGCGCCCGAGGCGCCUUCUCCUUCAUCGCUGUAUUCCAAGGCGCUUGCUGGAUCUGGGUCAGCGUCCUUGUAACCCGUUUCCGCGACACUCAACCCACGUACGACUGGGCCAGUCCCGGAUUUGGCAACGCCUUUGCCGUUUUCAUACUGCUCACCGCUUGCUUCCAAGCCAACUACCUAUUUUUAUAUUUCUUUAUUGCGAAUUUGGCUGAGGACGAGCCGCAGGUUAUUCGGUAUGCGGCGCUGUUGAGGGGCACCGAGAGUGCGUGGCAGGCCGUUAGCUAUGGGGUUACGAGUGUGACUGUUUUCGCCGAGGUGGGGGCUGUGUAUUGGAACUUUGCGCUUUGGGGUGUGGCGAUUUAUCCUGCGUGGCUGGUGCUCAGGCAUUUUGGGAAAGAUAAUGAGAGUGUGAUUGAGCAUCAUAGUGAUGGGAGCGGGAGUGAGGGGGUUGAGGUGGCCGUGCAGGUGCAGCAAGACGGGAAGGAGACGCUGGGUUGA